AUGCCGAAGAAGAAAAGAGGGAGAAGAUCGGCGGCAAGAGAAGAGUGGGGGAAGAGGGAGAAGACCGGCGGCGGUAGCGACGGCAAGGAACAAGAGGAAAGGAGAACCCAACAAAGAAAACGGGUGGCCAAGGGAAAGAGUCAGCGGCUGCUAGAGAAGGGAAGGCUAGAGCAGGAAGUUGACGGCGGAGAAGAACGGCUCAAGAAGAAGAAGGCGGCAGCGGCAAAGGAGAAAUAAUACGGCCGUCCGGAAGAAAAGAAAGGAGGAGAGUUUUCAAAAAAGAGGAAGAGAAGGUGAACGGCCAAGAAAGAAGAUUUUUUUUUUUUGUAGGGAAGAGGUUUUUGUUUGAUAUUGUUGACGGUGGCGGCGUCGACGGGAAAGGAGAAAGAAG